UAAUUAUUUGACUAGUUACGUUUAAUUCAACUAUAACUACAAUAGAAUAAUUCAACAUUAACUACAUCAGAAUACUAAAAAUCAAACAUCUAUCACAAUUGAUCAUUUGAAUAAUCUCUUUUGGGAAUAUCCUGCAUUUAUAAAAUUGACAUUACAAAAACAAGAGUAUUAUACAGGAAAAGAUAUAUCCCGUUGUCCUAUGCCUUACAAUGAAAAUACUAUAAUAGAUGAUCCUGAUAUUGUGGCGAUUAAUUUGUUUAACCCUAGAGAACAUAAAAAACCUUGGACAUGGACGCGAAAAAAUGAAAUUGAUGUACCUGUACCUAUUAAAGGUACCAUUGGUUUAAAACUAGGGGAAAUUAUUCAACCUUGUCUUAAAAACAAUACUAAUAUUAUCCAAUGUUAUACUCAUUAUCUAAAUGUUAUCGAAAGCGUUGGUUUAACGUUAAUAGAUAGAUUUUGUUUGUUUAUAAUAGAAGUUUUUAAUAGAAUUGGAGCUUUAAAUGAUAAUACAGAUUUUAUUAAAGAUUAUAGUUUGUUUAAUAUUAGAUUAAAUAUUUCAGUAUUAUCCGUUAUUUUAGAAAAAUUUAAGAAUCUUUUAAAUAAUAUUUGUUUUGCAUUUAAACGUUAUUUUAUUUCCACUCUUCCUCUAGACUGUGUUACAAAUACAAUGAAGAAAAUAAUGUUAUAUUUUAAUCAAGAACAGUCUAUGGGCGAUACAAUUAAAAAACAGUUCUUAAAUUGUCGGAAGAUAAUGAAAUCAAAAAUAAAUUAUGCUGUUUUAGACAACGAUCAAUACUGGAAAUGGGAUAUUACAUCAGACUGUAAACCUGAUGACAAUUUAUUGAUGAUCACACAAUAUGGAAAUAAUAAAUUAGGAAUAAAGCUUUUUCCCUUAAAUAAUAAAUAAUAAUCUUUUUAUAAGAAUUUCUUUUAAAUGUCAAUGAUUUGUGUAUAAAAUUAGCCAUUAUUUAAGUACUUUCCUUAUGAAUAACUUUGAUAGGUUCAUUUUAAUUUUAGGAGAAUAAAAUUAAUAAGUUUCAAGCACUUUUAUACAUUCAUUAGUGAGUAUGUAACUCAGGUGAUGAAUAUACAUAACUACGAACUGUACUCAUUUAUGCUAUAUACCUGCUUUUUGUAUUAUAAUGUUUGUGAGUCAAUCUUACUCUAAAAGUGGUUUCGACCAAUUAAAAUUUUUUAUUAAAAGUGUGCUUAAAAAUUGGCUAUUUUGAAAUAUUAAAAAAAUUUUAUUUACAAAAGAAAUGUAUUUUUUUAUAAUUAAAAACAAAUUAUAAAAAUGAUCUGGUCGCUGGAUAAAAGGUGUUAACUAACAUUUUUUAAAUUGUCGAGGAGCGCUACUUUUAUAUUAAAUAUUAGAAUCUAAAAACUUUAUUAAUAUUCAACAUGUAAAAGUAACUGAUAAGAUAGAAAAUAUCGAACUAAGGAUGCUUUAUAAUAUUUUUUUUACAGUAUAAAAUUUUUAUUCAUGUAUUAAAAUACAUUUUUAAAAAAUUACAGUUACACCUAUAU